UUCAACUCAGAAAGUCUCUGAUCCCAAACCCUCGCAAAUUUUGCUGCUUUUCUGCCUCUGGAAAUUCUCCCUGACUUCUCAGUUAAAUGGCGCUCCCCGUCUCAGCUGAAUGAAAAGAAGUCCUUGGACAGCCCGGCGAUGGUGAGGUCCUGGACCGGGUCCCGAGUUCUUCCGGGAACUGACCAGCGGCGGUUCCCGCUAGCAGCGCUGGUGCAGCGCGGAGCGAGGCGGGCUGCAGGGGCGCACGCUUCGCCCCGCCCGUCCCGCCGGCCGCGCCCCGGGACAGCGUCUGCAGCCCCGACGGCCCAGAAUCCGGAAACGUCGGCUCGAGCAGCCAGCGCCUGACUUGGGGGACGCCGGGAGCGAAUCUGGCAGGAUGACUUUGGGAAUCUUUGCAAAUUGCACCUUCUGUUUGAAAGUCAAGUACUUACCUCGUCAACAGAAGAGAAAGCUACAGUUUGACAUCAAGGAAAACGGUGGAAAGUUUUCUCUCCUUCUAAAUCCCCAGUGCACGCAUAUUGUCUUAGACAAUGCUGAUCUUCUAAGCCAGUACCAACUGGACUCUAUCCGCAAGAAGCAUGUCCACAUUGCAAGUCCCGAUUUCAUCUGGGAAUGCAUCAAAGAAAGGAGACUCUUGGAUGUCAAGAACUAUGAGCCUACCCAAGCCCUGGCCGUCACGCUGCCUCCUGAUCAAAACACGAGCAGUUCCGAAGUGAAAACGGAUGACCUGUCCCUGGAUGAUGUCAUGAGCCAAGAAGACCUUGUGGAACCCACCGAGUUUCAUGUAGAGAAUGUUGAAAUUCCUCAUUUUCCUCAAGAUUUUGAAGUUGCAAAAUAUAACACCUUGGAAAAAGUGGGGAUCAGUGGCGACCCGGAGGUGGUGGUGGUGGAGCUGUGCUGCUCUCAGGCCCCCGAGGACCCUCCCUUCCUGAUAUGCGCACACUUCCUGCUGGCUGACGGCGCGCAGACUAGAAGACAGUUCGCUGUCAAGAAAACCUCUGCAGAUGCAAGUGAAUACUACGAAAAUUACAUUGAAGAACUGAAGAAGCAAGGAUUUCUACUAAGGGAACAUUUCACACCCCAAGCCACCCAAUUAGCAUCUGAAAAACUGCAAGCCCUGCUUUUGGAGGAGGUCAUCGGUGCCGGCCCUCUGAGCCCGGAGGUGAGCGACUUGGUGGAGUUGUUGUGGACGGAAGCUCUGGGCCACCUAGAGCACACGCUGCUCAAGCCUGUGAACAGCAUCAGCCUCAAUGAUGUGAGCAAGGCAGAGGGAAUUCUCCUUCUAGCAAAGUCUGCACUGAAGAAUGGAGAAACAGCAGAGCAGUUGCGAAAGGUGGUUGCUGAAUUCUACAGAUUAAUACCUCACAAAGCCCCAGGCCCCAAAGAAGUCAACCUGAAGCUCUUGGCUAAGGAGGAGGACCUAUGCCAGCUAAUAAGAGACAUGGUUAAUGUCUGUGAAACUAAUUUUUCCAAACCCGACCCACCAUCUCUUGCCAAAUACCGAGCUUUGAGGUGCAAAAUUGAGCACGUUGAACAGCAUACUGAAGAGUUUCUUAGCGUUAAAAAGGAGAUACUAAAGAACAAUCACGGUAAACAUCGUGUGAACAUCUUGCAGAUGUUUCGAGUCGGCAGAGUGAAUGAAACCACAGAAUUUCUAAGCCAACUGGGCAACGUGAGGCUCCUGUUACACGGAUCUCCUGUCUGCAACCUCAUAGGAAUCCUGUCCCGGGGUUUGCUUUUACCCAAAGUGGUUGAAGAUCGUGGUGUGCACAGAACGGACAUUGGGAAUCUUGGAAGUGGAAUAUACUUCAGUGAUUCGCUCAGUGCAACUAUUAAAUACGCACAUCCAGGUGAGACCGAGGGUACCAGGUUCCUGCUUGUUUGUGACGUGGCCCUCGGAGAGUGUAUAGAAUUUAACCAGAAGGACUUCUCUUUAACCGAAGCCCCAGAAGGCUACCACAGUGUGCACGGAGUAGCACGAACAGCCUCGCUCAACACAGAUUUCGAGGAUGACGAAUUUGUGGUAUAUAAAACUAAUCAGGUUAAAAUGAAAUAUAUUAUUAAAUUUUGCCUGCCUGAGGAUCAAAUAAAGAGCUUUAGGCCUCCUAACAAUAUUGAACUAGAGCAAUACAGACCUCCUGUGUUCUCAGACAGCUCAAAAAUUGAAGAUUACCAGUUGCCAGACGCCAAAGCCUCCAGCAGUACCCAAGCUGGGCUUCAGGACAUCUCUGGGAAUUUGAUUCCCCUUGAGAAUGUUCAUGUCAAGGGGAGAAUAAUAGACUUUGUAGCCCAGGUGGUUCUUUUCCAGACAUACACAAAUCAAAGUCAUGUGCCCAUUGAGGCAAAAUACAUCUUUCCUUUGGAUGACAAGGCAGCUGUGUGUGGCUUUGAAGCAUUCAUCAAUGGGAAGCACAUAGUAGGAGAGAUAAAAGAGAAGGAAGAAGCCCAGCGUGAAUACCGAGAGGCCAUCAGCCAAGGCCAUGGCGCUUACCUGAUGGACCAGGAUGCUCCGGAUGUUUUUACUGUGAGUGUUGGCAACCUGCCCCCUGCAGCUAAGGUUCUUAUCAAAAUCACCUACAUCACAGAACUGACCCUGCAGGGCCCCGUGGCUGUCUUCUUCAUGCCAGCCACUGUGGCUCCCUGGCAACAGGACAAGGCCUUGAAUGAAAACCUUCAGGAUACAGUAGAGAAGAUUUGCGUGAAGGAAAUAGGAACACAACAAAGCUUCUCUUUGACUAUGUCUAUCGAGAUGCCAUAUGUGAUCAAGUUCAUUUCCAGUGACACACAUGAACUAAAGCAAAAGAGCACGGACUGCAAGGCGGUCAUCAGCACCAUGGAAGGCAGCUCCUUGCAGAGCGACGGCUUCUCCCUUCACGUCGGUCUGUGUGAUCCAUACCUCCCAAGGAUGUGGGUGGAGAAACAUCCAGAAAAAGAAAGUGAGGCGUGCAUGCUUGUCUUUCAACCCUGCCUCACUGCCACCCUCCCAGACGUGGCCGACGGGAACGAGGUGAUCAUUUGUCUUGACUGUUCCAAUUCCAUGGAGGGGGUGACAUUCACAAACGCCCGAAAGAUUGCCUUGCACGCGUUGUCGCUGCUGGGCAAGAAGCAGAAAGUGAACAUUGUCCAGUUCGGCACAGGUUACAAGGAGUUAUUUUCAUAUCCUAAGAGCAUCACAAGUCAAAAAGUGCUGACGGAGUUCAUUUUGUCAGCCACACCUACCAUGGGGAACACAGACUUCUGGAAAACCCUACGGUACUUAAGUUUACUGUACCCUGCUCAAGGGUUACGGAACAUUCUCCUGAUAUCUGACGGGCACCUCCAGAAUGAGAGCCUGACCCUGCAGCUCGUGCAAAGGAGUGUCCGCCAUACCAGGCUGUUCACCUGUGGGAUUGGUGCUACUGCGAAUCGUCACAUCUUGAGAACUUUGUCCCAGUAUGGUGCUGGAGUGUUUGAAUAUUUUAACUCAAACUCCAAACAUAGUUGGAAGAAACAGAUAGAAGAGCAAAUGGCCAGGCUGCAUUCUCCGAGUUGCCACUCUGUCUCUGUCAAAUGGCAGCAGCUCAACUUGGACGCCCCUGAGCCCCUGCAGGCCCCUGCCCAGGUGCCCUCCUUGUUUCACAACGACCGGCUGCUCGUCUAUGGAUUCAUUCCCCAUUGUACACAGGCAACUCUGUGUGCGCUGAUUGAGGAGAAGGAAUUCCAGGCCCUGGUGUCGACUACUGAGCUUCAGAAGACCACGGGAACUAUGAUUCACAAGCUGACAGCACGGGCUCUGAUCAGAGACUAUGAAGACGGCAUUCUCCAUGAAAACGAGACACAUCAUGAGAUGAAGAAGCAAACUUUGAAAUCUGUCAUCAUUAAGCUCAGCAAAGAAAACUCUCUUAUAACACAGUUUACCAGCUUUGUGGCAGUUGAGAAAAGGGAUGGUGAUGAGGCAGCUUUUCCCAAUAUACCAAACAUCUCAACACUCAUUGCCGAAGAAGAUGUCGACUUCCUGCCUUACAUGAGCUGGCAGGAGAAGCAGCCAAGUCCCAGGGCAACACAGCAUCUUCCUUCGGCAUCCCCUGCAGGGGACGCAGUGCAGGUGGAACAUUCUGCUCUGUUUGGUCUUGGUGCCUAUGAGCUAGAGGAAGAGCUUCUCACAUGUGAUGAAUGUGAAGACGCGGAAAUGCCAUUGGAUUUAAGAGACAGGAGUUUCUCUCCUGAAGGAAAUGUCAGAUUUGGUUCUGCCUUGCCAGUCAAACGUCAUGCUGCCUUGCAAGUCAAACGUCGUCCUGCCUUGAAUUUUGAGGGUGCCGUCGAAGUAGACAGUUUCCAUCCAAGUGAUCAGCUUCCAAACGUAAUGUUAAUGCAGCUGGAUACAGCUGUCAAAGACAGUAAGAUGUCAGUGGCUCCAUACAGUGCAACCAAAGGAAGCAAAAAGAAAAUUCAAGUCUUGGAGGCAGUAGGAGGAGGACAGGCCGUGGCCAGUCAUCAAAGCUGGAUGAGUGCUGUGACCUGCAGGAAGCUCUUCAGCCUACAAACCCAGGAUGGCUUCUGGACACUUACACCUGAGCUAGGAUUUAUGUUAAACGUUAAUGUGAAUGCUUUAUGCAGCUUCCUUGAGCAAAAAGGCAUUGGUUCAUUAGGUGUCAGUGGAAGAGAAAGCCUCCUGAACCUGAUUGCCACAUUGUUGGUCCUGCAGUUUCUUCGCACCAAGUUGGAACAAGAGGGAAUCGUUGUCAAGUCAUGGAUGACAUUGGACGCAUCUUCCGUCUCCAGGAAAAUUCCUUUGCAAUACACUGAGAAAAUAAAGAAAGCAAAUGAAUGGGUGAAAAGAAUGGAAGGGCAAUAUUCGUCCAUCUGCCAGCGGCUUGAACUGGGCAAAGACUGGGACUCGGCCACCAAGCAGCUCCUGGGAAUUGAGCCAGGUGACCCAGCCUCUCCUCUCCAUAGAGCUCUUAGCCAAAGUCAAGGCUGAAGCCAGUGAAGCUGUAUUUUCAUUCUUUUUCCAUGCUUCUGUAUACAAAAUAACCAUAUACAAUUGAGAACUUAUAAUUAGUCUUACAUGAUUUUAUUCAGUAUAGCAACCAGAAUGGAUCAUUUGAAUAAAUUAGCAAGAAAGAAUAAAAUG